AAGCCCUCAUUUUAUUUCUCAACACAAUCACACUCUCUGUCGCCUCGUUUGCCUCACGUACACAACCAGAAGAAGAAGAAGAAGAAAACAAUAACACACACCUUCUUCUCUCGGUCAUUCAUGGCCUCCCAAACGGAACCAAACCGCCCUCCGAAUCCCUUAUCUCAAAUUAUCCACUCAACCACCUCCAAUCUUCUCUCUGUUUUCAACCCCAAGAAAUCGACUCCGUCUGCUCCUUCUAGGCUCUGCGUUCCUAUUCUUAUCCCUGACACGCCCAAGCCACUCGCCUUCGAAUCAUCUCCGCUCGACUCGGCACCACCCUCCAAAUCGACUCUCAAAGGCGUUCCCUCGGCGCCGGAGUCCACUUCGGCGUUCCCUUCCUCGGUUAGGAUUUCUGGGCUCAAGUCUAAAUCCAAAGGUGGAGGACCUGCCUUUGUGGGUCAGGUCUUCAGUAUGUGUGACCUCUCUGGAACUGGUCUCAUGGCUGUCUCGACCCACUUCGACAUACCCUUUAUUUCCCAAAGAACUCCCGAGUGGCUUAAGAAGAUGUUUGCAACAAUUACUAGGAGUGAGAGAAAGGGUCCUGUGUUCAGGUUUUUCUUGGAUUUAGGUGAUGCAGUUUCAUAUGUCAAACGGCUGAAUAUUCCAAGUGGCGUGGUGGGUGCCUGUCGUCUUGAUUUAGCAUAUGAGCAUUUCAAGGAAAAACCACACUUGUUCCAGUUUGUUCCAAAUGAGAAACAGAUCAAGGCGGCAAACAAAAUUCUUAAAACAAUACCUCAGAAUUCUGGAUGCAAAAAGGUUGAUGGAGUUCCAGUUUUCACUGCUCAAAAUUUAGAUAUUGCAAUAGCAACUACAGAUGGGAUUAAAUGGUAUACUCCCUACUUUUUUGAUAAAAGCAUGCUUGAUAACAUUCUUGAAGAAUCUGUUGAUCAGCAUUUCCAUUCUUUAAUUCAAACUCGGCACAUUCAACGUCGACGGGAUGUGAUUGAUGAUAAUUUGUCAGCAGAAGUGAUUGAGGAGAUGGGAGAUAACUUGUGGGAGCCUCCAGAGGUUCAAGAAGUGAUGGAUGAGGUGGGGAAUCCUGGAAUUCCUUUGAGUGUCAUUUCCAAGGCUGCUGAAAUGCAGCUUCUUUAUGCUGUUGAUAAGGUACUCCUGGGCAAUAGGUGGUUACGGAAAGCAACAGGCAUUCAACCGAAGUUCCCUUAUAUGGUCGACUCCUUUGAAAAGAGGACGGCUGCUUCUUUUUUGAGAGCCUCUGAGUCGACGGCAUGCUUAGGAAACUCUGAGACAGAAAAUAAUUGUAAAGAACUUUUGCAUCCUAGCACUACAGAGCUUCAAGUUAGAAAUGGCAGUUCUUCAGAGCUUCAAGUUAAAGAUGAUAGUUUGUCAGAGCUUCAAGUUGAACAUGAUGGCGGGACAGAGCUUCUAGUCAAUGGUGAUAUUCAAAAUAAGCAAGGAAAUAGACCUGGUUUUCGUCUUCCUUUUAGAGAUUGGUUUAAUCUUCCUUUCUCAAAACAGAACCAUCAGAAUGAGGUAUCAUCUAAAGAACAAAUGAAGCAAAAGAUGCAGCCAAAUCCAUUUCUUCCAAAGAUUACGAUGGUGGGUAUUUCAACAGGUGACUCAGCACAGAUGAACAAAGCAAAUUUAAAAAAGACAAUGGAUGAUCUAACAAAAGAACUGGAGCAUCAAGAUCAGGAAAACACCACCGGUAGUAACACUUCCUGGAAUGACGAAAUCACAGCCGAAGAUAGAGAUCCACUCUUUGUGGCUAAUGUGGGCGAUUACUAUUCUGGUGUGGCAAAGACUGGUUCAGCUCGAUGGGUUCGUGGAGCAAACAACUAAAGAGCCUUACUAACAGCCCAUAUCAUUUUUGCUCGAGUGUGAAUAUUCAUUUCUCAAUAUAGAAAAUGGAAGAAGAAAGGUCUGCAACAUGGAUGCAGGCUGCUUGUUAUAUUCCUUGAUUUAUUCUCUGAUCUUUGUUGUAAAAAGAUGUUGAAUAUUAGAGAUAUUUAUUCUCUGAUCCUUGUUGUAAUAUUAGCAAUGAAAAAUUCUAAGUUUUCCCAUGUA